UGACGUCACAGUGGAUGGAGCGUGACGUCACGGUGUGUCGAGAGUGGGCGGCCGGCGGGUCGGGGCCGGCGCGGCGCCGAGACCGGAGGGCGCGGCACGCGGCGCGAGAGGUCGGUGUGAGUGGAGAGGAUCACAUUGGGCUCCCACGCCGCGCUGACCAGCUGAGGCCCGGCUGCAGAGCCGAUAUCGGCUGGAUUCAGUGAACAGGACGCCAUGUCUGCCGAGUUGCCGCUGCACGUGUCGCCGGAGAGCACGCCCCUCUGCACGGGAGAUGGCGGCGCCUCGGAUCAGGCCCGGCUGCUGGCCGCCGUCCGCGCCGGGCAGCUGCAGCUGGUCUCACAGCUGGCCAGCUGCCGUGACGUGGACAUCAACCACUUUUACGACUACCCGGACAACUGCACGUGCCUUCAGGCGGCCAUCGAGGGCGGCCGGCACGAUAUAGUGGCCGAGCUGCUGCGCUGCCGCGCCGACCCCAACGUCUGGAACCCCGUGCUGAAGACAUCGCUGCUCCAUCUGGCCGUGCAGAAGAAGGACCCGCAGUGUGCCGUCCUGCUGCUGGACCAUGGCGCUGACGUUGCCACCAAGAACGGCAAGGGCCGCACCCCGCUGCACGUACUGGCCGAACGUCCGGCCGCCGAUGACGCGGAGGCGGAGCGCUGCGUGGCGCUCGGCAAGGCCCUGCUGGCCCGGCCCACUGUGGACGUGGACGCUGCCGAUCGCGCCGGCUGCACGGCUCUCUACCUGGCCGCCGCGUCCGGCGCAGACCCGGUCGCUCGGCUGCUGCUCAGCAACAACGCCGACCCGAGCUGCACCGUGGACGGCUGCUCGGCCGGAGAGCUGCUCCAGAAGCGAGGGGUGUCGCUGGAACCGGACCCCCAGCUCGCCGUCACUGCGCUCACCGGCCGCAGCGCGCAGAACGUGCUCUUCGAGGCGCUCCAGCAGCGCGACCUGACCCGCUUCGGCGCCGUUCUGCGCGACAACUCGCGGAACCGACGCGUCGUGGACGCGUUCCACGGCAACACGACAUGUCUGCAGUACGCCAGCGACCACGGCCUGCACGAAUACGUCGGACUUCUGCUGCAACACGGAGCAGACGUCAGUCUGGCCAACCCGACCAACGGCUGGACGGCGCUGCACUUCGCGGCGGCACGCGGUUUCCACCGCGUCCUCGAGAAGCUGAUCCACCACGAGCCACCCCCGGUGGAUGUGCCUGACCACGGUGGUGAGACGGUGCUGCACAAACUAGCGCGUGCCGAGUACGAUCCGCAAGAGACCGAUCUUGCGGAGGGUGAAGCAGAUCGUGGCUUGUGCCUAGAGCUGCUGACAAAGAUGCAGGCUGAGCAGCCAGGACGACUUCAGUUGGACGUCAACGGUCAAGAUAAGCUCGGCUCGACGCCACUGCACUACGCGGUGGCAAGAGGGGAUGCGGUUGCCAUAGAGGCUCUUCUCAGGCUUGGAGCGAACAUCGGUGUGAAGAACAGGUUUGGCGAAACGCCUGUACGUGGGUUACCGGCCGAUGCACUGCAGAGGUAUCUGGACGAAUGUGUCACUUGCAACGACAGGCCGGUUACGGAUGCCCACUUCCAGAUUGAGCUAUGCUACAGCUUCUUGGCCCCAAGACGUCGAGGCUUCGUGGACCCGCUUCCAGAGACCGAAUCGCUCUGGUACAUGGCGCAGUCGAAACGUCAUCGCCACCUGCUGAAGCAUCCCGUCAUCUCGAGCUUCCUUGACCUCAAGUGGCAAGUUGUUCGCGGAUCGGUGUGGGCUAACCUGGCGUUAUAUUCGCUGUUUGUCAUUCUGAUGACGACGUUUGUAUUUUUGAACGUCAGUCGAGACUGGAGCACGCGUCAGCGCCGCCAGGCUACGGAAAUACCUAACAGCUCCAAUAGUCAGACGGUAGAAGAAAGCUCGUCCAAUCCCGGGUUCCAGUUUGUGUUCAUCGCAACAGCGCUGAUCCUUGUUCUUCUGAUACUGCGAGAGCUGUUUCAAUUCUUCGUGGCUCCACGACGGUACAUAUUCAGCUUUGAGAACUACGUGGAAGCUUCUAUGCUGGUGCUUUCUGCCCUGCUUCUCUUCUCUACUGUUGACGAAGAGCAGACACGACGCUUCUCUGCACUCGUCAUCCUGCUGUCCUGGACAGAGUUCUUCAUGCUGAUGGGUCGCCUACCACUUUUCUCCAUCUACGUCACCAUGUUCACUACGGUGUUGUUCCGCUUCGUCCGCUUCCUCGCCUGGUACUUUGUGCUGAUCGUCGCCUUCUCGCUCAGCAUGUUCGUGCUCUUCCAGGGCGACGAGGCCUUUCCGAAUCCGUCGUCGGCGCUCAUCAAGACGAUGGUGAUGACGAUCGGUGAGAUGGAUUACGGCUCGCUGCCGAUCGCGCAGCACACGCCCGUCGCGCAGCUGGUGUUCGUCGCCUUCCUCUUCCUCAUCACGGUGGUGUUGAUGAACCUGCUCAACGGUCUGGCCGUCGCGGACACGGGCGAAAUCCAGGACCAGGCGCAGAUCUAUGGCUACGUGGGUCGCGUCGAGCUCAUCUCCUACAUCGAGUCCAUGCUGCUCGGCGACCCGUUCAACUUUCUCUCCAACUACCCGCCGUUCAAGUGGCUGCGCUGGGUGCCCGACUGUGCCCCGUGCUCCUGGCUGGGCAGCGUCAGUCCGCUCACCCAGCUGCGGGCCUGGCUCGGAGGUCGCACCCUCCUCUUCUUCAACACGCUGCCCAACAAGAACCUCACCGUGCUGCCCAACCAGCGCAACUGGCAGCUGGACCCGAACACGUGCAACGCCCGCUUCUCGCUCGACAAGCAGAUCAUCGAGGACGCCAAGACGCUGCUGAUCAGCAAGCGACAGCCGCAGGAUGAUGUGUCGGAGAGGCUGGAGCAGCUGGAGAAGAAGCUGGACAGGCUGCUGAGCCGCCUUCUGCCCGCUGAAGACGCGGCACCCUGAAGACGUUCGAUGUAAUUCCUGGAAGUCACCGCGAGGCGUGGGUGAGGAGAGACGACGCGGCUGAUUGUCUACCUUUCCACCGAAAAAGAGGGUCUAUACAGGUGCAAAGCUGAUUCAACUGGAUGCACUUUGCGCAGUGCACGUAUUACCACAAAAAAAAAUGCAGAAGCAUGGUGAAUCUCUACAUUCCUUUACUACUUGUGAAUCUACUAUUUUAAUGAAUUGGCAUUGGCUUCAUUCCACGAUUAGUUAUUCCACAAUUUUCUUUCAUGAUAAUGAUUUUCUCGCAACAGGACACCGAACAACAUUUAUUCACUGUAUGUCAAUGCACCAUGUACGCAACAACCCAUUUUACCGGCUCUCUGAAGCUCCAGGUAGCGCAAUAUCGGUAGCUAAUAAGCCCUCCCUUUCCUACUGACGACUCGCUUACUAUAGUACGACGUUCGCACGUACUGACAUAAUGCGUGCCCAUUUUCUGCAAUGGGGCACACCAUCUUUUAUAGCAAUUUUCAAUGUCGCUUUUUAUGGAUGGUGUAAGCGUCGCGAUUUACCCCUAGUCGUCUGCCUGAUUGUCUAUCAACGAGCAUCUUUAAGUGACUGUUGUUUUAUAUUGCUUUUGUAUUAUUAUAAAUACAUUUCUAAAGAUGUA